CUGCUCAUCUGCAGCGUCGGGAACCCAGGCGCACAAUAUGCCAACACAUUGCACUCCGCAGGACAUACGGUAGUCAAUCAACUGGCGGCACAUCUCGGAGGAUAUCCACAAUUCUCUAAAGACAAAUCCUUGGGAAAUGGUCUUGUCAGCAAAGGACCAGAGGAUUGGACAUUAUGGCAAAGUACUUCUUACAUGAAUGAGAGUGGAAAAGGUGUAAGAGCUGCGUGGAUGAAUUGGACGAAAUCACUCUCACUGGCGGAUGGAGAAGGGAGGUUAGUUAUUGUGCAUGAUGAGUUGGAAAAGCCGCUGGGGGCUGUGUCUUUGAGAACGCAGCAGGGGUUGAGUGCCAAAGGGCAUAAUGGGAUCAAGAGUGUUUUGGCGCAUUUGGGCAAGUUGCCGUUUGCGAGGAUUGGCGUUGGGAUUGGGAGACCGACGAGUAGGCAGAGUGAUGAUGUUGCGAGGUUUGUGCUUAGGAAGAUGGAUCCGAGGGAAAAAGAGGCUGUGGAG